CCCCUGCUUAGCAUCUCGGCUAUUACUGCGAAUUGCCUGACCCAGUCAAUAAGCACUAUGGUGUACUUUAGAUUAACUGCACGAUGCCGAACCCCGGGAAGAUGACCACCGACUGCCCCUCGAUCACGUCUUUUCCCACCUAUAAAGCCCUAAGUGAUGCCGUCAGCAAUGACAGCCCAGCCGUAGCUAUCUGAAUUUUUCCCCCCUCGCACUUGGCGAUCAACCCCUCCAUUUCUUUCCAGGCUCUCUAAAACCACCGACCAAAAUGGGUUCCAUCCAACCUUCGGAGCAGAAAGACCUGGUCCUCCCCCCGCGACCCCCCAACCUGCCACACCCGGAAUACCGCACUCCGCGCGGGGUCUCGCCGCUGGACUCGGUGCGCGCCGCCGGCCUGCAAUACCCCAACUACACCCCCUUCAAGCUGCCCAAUCUGAGCAUCCAACCCUUCACCGACCGCGGCCUCUCCUCCUCCCCGAACAAGCAGGCCCUCCUCUCCGCCGCGACGGAGAUCAUCCACCUGACCCCGGAGAUCGGGACGGAACUCACCGGCCUCCAGCUCACGCAGCUGACGGAUGUGCAGAAGAACGACCUGGCGCGGCUGGUCGCGGAGCGCGGCGUCGUCUUCUUCCGGGAUCAGAACAUGGACGUGCACGAGCAGAUCGCCUUCGGGGCGUAUUUCGGGGAGCUGCAUAUUCACCAGAUGGCCGGCAUCAUCCCGGACCUGCCGUGGGUGCACCCGAUCCACAAAGAUGAGACGGCGGUCAACGGCCGGAGCCAUCAGAUCUGGCAUUCCGAUGUCAGUUACGAGCUGCAGCCGCCCGGGUUGACGAUGUUGAAGAUGGAUACGCUCCCCAGGGCGGGGCCGGGCGGGGAGGAGACGGGUGGCGAUACGAUCUGGGCGAGUGGGUAUGCUUUGUACGAAUCCCUGUCGCCCAAGCUGCGCGCCUUCCUGGAGACGCUCGAGGCCAAGCACAGCGGGCUGGAGCAGGCGGAGAAGGCCCUGCGGACGAGUGGCUGUCUCCGGAGGGAUCCUAUCGAGACCAAUCACCCCGUCGUCCGCACGCAUCCAGUGACCGGCUGGAAGACGCUGUACGUCAACGAGAACUUCACCAAGGAGAUCGUCGGCCUGGAGAAGCGCAUCGGUGACGGCAUUCUGGAUAACCUCUAUCGCACCGUGGCGGAGGGGUACGAGUUCCAGGUGCGCUGGAAGUGGACCAAGAACGCGGUGGCCAUUUGGGACAAUCGCGCCACCUUUCACACGGGGAUUUUCGACUACUGUGAGUCAUCCUGCUAUCGCUGCUAUCGCGUGGAGAAUCUUUUAGAUGGGUGAGUGGACGAGAGUGCUAAUGUUCCGCAACUGAUAGUCCCCCAUCUGCGGCAUGGGCUGCGGGUUGCGCCGCAGGCUGAGACCCCGUAUUUCGAU